AAUAAAAUCUUUAAAAGAAAAAAAAAAAAGAACUUCUUUAAUCAAAAAGAAGCCAAUAAGAAAGCAGGAAGACAAGUCCCAGAUUGGGAGAUAUUUUCAGUAUUCUCUCUCUACAAUAAAGGACUUACAGUCAGUAUAUAGAGAGAGCCAUUACAAAUCAAUAAGAGAAUGGUAGAAAGCCCAGUAGAAAAGUGGCAAAAGACUUGAACAAGCAUGUCACAAAAGAGAGUAUCUGAAUGUCCGAUGAGUAUAUGAAAAGGUGCUCCAUUUAAUUACUUAUUGGGGAAAAGCAAUUUAAGCACUCAAUGCAGUACAACUACAUAACUACCAGAAUAGAUAAAAGGAAAAAGAUAGGAAAUGCCCAAAGUUCAAAAGUUCAUACACUGUUGGUAGGACAUAUAAAUUGGCUCAACCACUUUGGAAAACCAUUUAGCAGUAUCUACUACAGCUGAAUAUAUGAAUACUCGACAACUCCACAAUUCCACCCCCGGGUAUAGAAUCAGAGAAGUAUACUUACGUGUACAGAAGUACAUGUCCACAUAUGUUCUUAGCAUUACUGUUUCUAAUUGACAAAAACAAAACAAUCCAAAUGUCCACUUACUCAGAAUAUUUUACUGCAAUGUGAAUGAACAAACUCUAACUACACAGAACACAGACAAGUCUCACAAACAUGAUAUCAAGUGAAAAAAAACAAACACAGAAGAAGACAUAAUGCAUGAAUCCCUGGAUAUAAAGCUGCUGGGCGAGUAGGAGAAGGGAGCAUCAACCUUUCCUUCAUCAGGUCCAAGAUGCCUCUCUUUGGGAAUACGUUCAGUCCCAAGAAGACGCCCCCUCGGAAGUCCGCUUCUCUCUCCAGCCUGCAUAAUCUGGAUCGGUCAACCCGGGAGGUGGAGCUGGGCCUCGACUACGGAACCCCCACCAUGAACCUGGCGGGACAAAGCCUGAAGUUUGAAAAUGGCCAGUGGAUAGCAGAGGUGGGGAUUAGUGGCGGUGUGGACAGGAGGGAGGCCCAGCGCCUCCGCAGGCGGAACCAGCAGUUGGAGGAAGAGAACAAUCUCUUGCGGCUAAAGGUGGACAUCCUGCUGGACAUGCUGUCCGAGACCACCGCCGAGUCCCACUUAAUGGAGAAGGAAUUGGAGGAGCUGAAGAGCGUCAGCCGCAGGAGGAAAUGAGCCCCUGAAGAUACUCGUUAGGAGAAAAGGACAUUCGUUAGGAGAAGUCCACCAACCAGAGGAGUGGGAUGUGGCUGAGGGUGUUUUGUAGCCUAACUAGGGGAUUAGGUACUGGGAGAGAGGGUCAUAUAAUGGGGCGAAAGGCCCCCCUCAGGUUGGCAACAGGAAGGUACACCAUUGCUGGCAGAAACCAGGACCCCGGGCCAGGGCGGUGAGCAGGAACGAGCCCUGGGGGGCUGCCAGUGGUCACUUCAUGUACGAAUGGUUCUUCCCAGGUUCCGCCUCGCUGGACUGAUGCCGCUGGCUGAAGCAGCUGGACUUCAUUGCCUCACCGCUCACGCUGGUGUUUGGGGUGUGGCAGGAGCACUUCUAAACAGCUCUGUGUUGGGGGCCUCCGAUGAACAGCCCUCCUGGUUCUCUGCCCGCUCCCCCCCCCCCGGGCUACUCUCUCUGUCCUUUAAAGAAUACUUGUUCGCCGAAUCCACCCCCCUCUUCUGGCUUCAGCUUCUCAGUGGCGAGCCCCAGCCUUCCACGGCAACACUCUAUUUUUGUGCUACUUUCCUGUUUAGUUUCUCAAAAUUAAAUGAUGGUAUAUAAUCUG